AUGGAGGCUGCAGAGGGGUCCGGACGGGAAGGCCAGGGGGCCAUCCCCAAGCACCCCGGGGCCAUCCCCAAGCGCCCCGGGGCCGUCCCCAAGCACCCCGGGGCCAUCCCCAAGCGCCCCGGGGCCACCCUUAAGCGCCCCGGGGUCAUCCCCGAGCGCCCCCGGGCCAUCCCCGAGCGCCCCCGGGCCAUCCCCGAGCGCCCGGUGGCCACCCGCGAGCGCCCCGUGGCCACCCGCGAGCGCUCCGUGACCACCCGCGAGCGCCCCGGAGCCACCCCCGAGCGCCCCGGAGCCACCCCCGAGCGCCCCGGGCCGCGCUGCCCGCUGCUGUCCGGCUUCCGAGAGGAGCUGUGGGCUCUCCUGGUUCUGGCGGGCCCCGCGUUCUUGGCGCAGUUGAUGGUGUUUCUGAUCAGUUUCACAAGCUCUGUGUUCUGUGGCCACCUGGGGAAGCUGGAGCUGGAUGCUGUCACCCUUGCCAUCGCGGUCAUCAAUGUCACUGGUAUCUCCGUGGGCUUUGGCUUAUCUUCUGCUUGCGACACGCUCAUGUCCCAGACAUACGGGAGCCAGAACUUGAAGCACGUGGGGGUCAUCCUGCAGAGAGGGAUCCUGGUGCUGCUGCUCUCCUGCUUCCCCUGCUGGGCGCUCUUCCUCAACACCCAGCAGAUGCUGCUGCUCUUCCGGCAGGACCCGGCCGUGUCCAGGCUGACCCAGGAUUAUGUCACGGUCUUCAUUCCAGCUCUUCCUGCAACGUUUCUUUAUACAUUACAAGUUAAAUAUUUGCUCAGCCAGGGAAUCGUACUGCCCCAGAUCAUAACCGGAGCAGCAGCCAACCUUGUCAAUGCCCUCAUCAACUAUCUGUUUCUUCAUCAGCUGCAGCUUGGGGUGAUCGGGUCAGCACUGGCAAAUAUGAUUUCCCAGUUCACCUUGGCACUGCUCCUCUUCUUCUACAUCCUUGGGAGGAAACUGCAUCAAGCUACCUGGGGAGGGUGGUCCCAGGAGUGUCUGCAGGACUGGGCCUCCUUUUUCAACCUGGCCAUCCCCGGCAUGCUCAUGCUGUGCAUGGAGUGGUGGGCCUACGAGAUCGGGAGCUUACUGAGCGGCAUCCUUGGUGUGGUGGAGCUGGGAGCCCAGUCUGUCGUGUAUGAACUGACCGUCAUUUUGUACACGAUACCUGCCGGCUUCAGUGUGGCUGCCAGCGUCCGGGUAGGGACCGCGCUGGGCGCCGGAAACAUCGAGCAGGCCAAGAAGUCCUCAGCUGUCGCCCUGCUGGUCACAGGACUCUUCGCUGUAACCUUUUGUGUCCUGAUGUUAAGCUGUAAGGAUCUUGUGGGGUACAUUUUCACUACGGACCGAGAAAUCGUUGCCCUGGUGGCUCAGGUGAUUCCCUUCUCUGCUAUUUCCCAUCUGUUUGAAGCUCUUGCUUGCACAGGUGGUGGUGUUCUGCGGGGGAGCGGCAACCAGAGGGUUGGGGCCAUUGUCAAUACCAUUGGGUAUUACAUGAUUGGUCUCCCCAUCGGGAUCUCGCUGAUGUUCGUAGCCAGAAUGGGAGUGCUUGGUCUGUGGUCAGGGAUCAUCAUCUGUGCGAUCACGCAGUCUCUGUGUUUUCUCGGCUUUAUUGCUCAGCUAAAUUGGAAAAAAGCCUGUGAGGAGGCUCAGAUCCAUGCCAAUUUGAGAUACCAUGUGGCCCAGGAUGGGACUUCUGCUGCCUGUCAGGACCCAGUCGCUUCAGUGGGCCCUGAGAACCGUGGAGGAAUUUUAAUGGGAGAUGUUGGAAGAAGAGAUGAGACUCAGUUGGACCAGCAGAUGAGCCAAGAAGAACGUCUUGAGGCCUAUCCAAGGGACAGGACUGUGUUGACUGGGAAACAGUUGGUGGUGCGGCGUGGGCUUCUGCUCCUGGGGCUCAUUUCCGUCUUGCUUGAAGGGAUUUUAGUGCGAAUAUAUGUCCAGAGUUGA